CGCUACGCGGGGGCAGGGCUUUGCGGACGCACGCACGUCGAGCGCAGCUGUCCCGAGCCGCGGAGGCUGCGGGGUUGGUCUGGGGCGGCUGCUUUGGCUGCGGCCCGGCCCGCGGCUGAAGGUUGGAAAGAAAUCCAUACACUCCAUUGACUGGCACUUUCUGCCACCAUGGGGGAGCUUUUCCGGAGUGAGGAGAUGACGCUGGCCCAGCUUUUUCUACAGUCAGAAGCUGCUUAUUGUUGCGUCAGUGAAUUAGGAGAACUGGGAAAGGUUCAAUUUCGUGAUUUAAAUCCAGAUGUGAAUGUUUUCCAGCGGAAAUUUGUGAAUGAAGUUAGAAGAUGUGAAGAAAUGGAUCGAAAGCUUCGAUUUGUUGAGAAAGAAAUAAGAAAAGCUAAUAUCCCAAUUAUGGACACUGGUGAAAACCCAGAGGUGCCCUUCCCCCGGGACAUGAUUGACUUAGAGGCCAAUUUUGAAAAGAUUGAAAAUGAACUGAAGGAAAUCAACACAAACCAGGAAGCUCUGAAGAGAAACUUCCUGGAACUGACUGAAUUAAAAUUUAUACUUCGCAAAACUCAGCAGUUUUUCGAUGAGGCUGAAUUGCAUCAUCAGCAGAUGGCGGAUCCAGACUUGUUGGAAGAGUCCUCGUCCCUCUUGGAGCCGAGUGAGAUGGGAAGGGGCACACCGUUAAGACUUGGCUUCGUGGCUGGUGUGAUUAACCGGGAGCGCAUCCCUACUUUUGAGCGCAUGCUUUGGCGGGUGUGCCGGGGGAAUGUGUUCCUGCGACAGGCUGAAAUCGAGAACCCCCUGGAGGAUCCUGUGACUGGUGACUACGUGCACAAAUCUGUAUUCAUCAUUUUCUUCCAAGGCGAUCAGCUGAAAAACAGAGUCAAGAAAAUCUGUGAAGGGUUCCGGGCCUCACUCUAUCCCUGUCCUGAGACACCACAGGAGAGGAAGGAAAUGGCUUCUGGAGUUAAUACCAGGAUUGACGAUCUCCAAAUGGUUCUGAAUCAAACAGAGGACCACCGCCAGAGGGUUCUGCAGGCGGCUGCUAAGAACAUCCGUGUCUGGUUCAUCAAGGUGCGGAAGAUGAAGGCCAUCUACCACACUCUGAAUCUGUGCAACAUAGACGUAACCCAGAAGUGCCUGAUCGCCGAGGUCUGGUGCCCUGUCACCGACCUCGACUCCAUCCAGUUUGCACUCAGAAGGGGCACGGAACACAGUGGCUCCACUGUGCCCUCUAUCUUGAACAGGAUGCAAACAAAUCAGACUCCCCCAACCUAUAACAAAACGAACAAGUUCACAUACGGCUUUCAGAACAUAGUAGAUGCUUACGGAAUCGGGACUUACAGAGAGAUAAACCCAGCUCCAUAUACCAUCAUCACUUUCCCUUUCCUGUUUGCUGUGAUGUUUGGGGACUUUGGCCAUGGCAUUUUGAUGACCCUCUUUGCUGUAUGGAUGGUGUUAAGGGAGAGCCGGCUUCUCUCCCAGAAGAACGAGAAUGAGAUGUUUAGCACUGUGUUCAGUGGCCGGUACAUUAUUCUACUGAUGGGUGUGUUUUCCAUCUACACUGGCCUCAUCUACAAUGAUUGCUUUUCCAAGUCUCUUAAUAUCUUCGGGUCAUCCUGGAGCGUACGGCCAAUGUUCUCUUUGUAUAAUUGGACGGAUGAGACACUUCGGGGGAACCCUGUUCUACAGUUGAAUCCAGCUGUCCCUGGAGUUUUUGGUGGACCAUACCCUUUUGGCAUUGAUCCAAUCUGGAACAUUGCUACCAAUAAACUGACCUUUCUCAACUCCUUUAAAAUGAAGAUGUCUGUUAUCCUUGGCAUCAUUCACAUGAUGUUUGGAGUCAGCCUGAGCCUCUUCAACCAUACCUAUUUCAAGAAACCCCUGAAUAUCUACUUUGGAUUUAUUCCUGAAAUAAUCUUCAUGACCUCUUUGUUUGGCUACUUGGUUAUCCUCAUAUUUUACAAGUGGACAGCCUAUGAUGCUCAUACAUCUGAGAAGGCGCCAAGCCUUCUGAUUCAUUUCAUAAACAUGUUUCUCUUUUCCUACGGUGACUCCAGUAAUGCGAUGCUUUAUUCUGGACAGAAAGGAAUUCAGUGUUUCCUGGUAGUGGUCGCGCUACUGUGUGUACCCUGGAUGCUACUAUUUAAACCACUGGUCCUUCGCCAUCAAUAUUUGAGGAGGAAGCAUUUGGAAGGGCAGCCUGUGGAGGCCCCAGUCAGCCCAACCCCGAGCCAGCAGGGACUAGAGGCAGCAGCGGCUGCAACAGGAACUCUCAACUUUGGUGGGAUCAGGGUGGGCAACGGACCGACAGAGGAGGAUGCUGAGAUUAUUCAGCAUGACCAGCUCUCCACCCAUUCAGAGGACGCAGAAGAGCCUACCGAGGACGAAGUGUUUGACUUUGGGGACACCAUGGUCCACCAGGCCAUCCACACCAUCGAGUACUGCCUGGGCUGCAUCUCCAACACCGCCUCUUACCUGCGGCUCUGGGCCCUCAGCCUCGCUCAUGCACAGCUGUCUGAGGUGCUUUGGACCAUGGUGAUCCACAUCGGCCUCAGCGUGAAGAGCUUGGCAGGAGGUUUGGCGCUGUUCUUCAUUUUCGCCGCCUUUGCCACCCUGACCGUGGCCAUCCUCCUGAUCAUGGAGGGCCUCUCGGCCUUCCUCCACGCGCUGCGGUUACACUGGGUCGAGUUCCAGAAUAAAUUCUACAGCGGAACCGGUUUCAAGUUCCUACCCUUCUCCUUUGAGCACAUUCGGGAAGGGAAGUUUGAUGAGUGAGCCCCAUGGAGGGCUGUGUACCACAGGCCACCCCUCCCUCCCGCCCCCCCUCCCUCCACAGCUGUUAGCUCUGCUCCUCUCGCCUGUCGGUUGUGAUCCCUGGGUAU